AUGUCCCUCUUCCGCGGCUGCGGCACCACGUCCUUGUACAUACCACCGCGCACCGGCCGCGGCGGCACGCCGCCACGCACGCAGGGCCUCGCGCUGUUGCUCGGUUGGACGGCCGGCUCGUACCGUCACGUCCAGAAGCACGCGCGGCUGUGGCACGGGCUCGGGAUGCGGACAGCGACCGCCACAACGGAUCUUGCGAUGACGUUUCAGCCGGCACGGCUCACGGGGAUCGAGUGGGUCGCCGACAAUCUGCUGCACACCGUGCGCUCGCAGCCAGAGGACUCGCUGAUCGUGCCUCACGUCUUCUCCAACGGCGGAGCGCUGCUGCUGCUCACGCUGCUGAAGCGCGCGCGCGAGGCGGGCUGUCCGCUCAGCUUCGACGCCACCGUGUACGACUCUGCUCCUAGCCGCUCCCUCUGGCCCGCGCAAGCGCCGCUGGUGGGAUGGCUGUCCACGUCCGGCCUGCCACUCCGCGAGCGGCUGGCGCUCCUCGGCCGCGUCUCGGCCAACGCCCUCGCCGCGCAGGCGCUGGCGCCCAUCAAAGGCGUGGAGCCUCCGCUGGGCGAUUUUCCGCAGCUCAGCGACCCGGCUGUCAACGCGCCUCGGCCAGAGCUCUUCAUGUACUCUGGCGCGGAUUCUCUCGUGCCGGCGCGUGGGAUCGAGGCUUUUGCCCAGCGGCGCGCAGAGGUGGGCUGCGACGUGCAGCUCCGCCGAUUUGAGGGCUCGCCACACUGCGAGCACUACCGCCGCCACCCAGGCGUGUACGACGCAGCGGUGCGAAGCUUUGUGGGCUCGCUUGCCGGGUGGAAGGACGAGGCUCAACCCACUGAGCGCGAUAGAGACCUGGGAGCGCAAGCGCCGUGUGAUAUUUCCGCCUAA